GUCUCAGCCUCUCGGCCCGGCGCAGGAGGCACUGGACGCGCUGCUUUUUCCUAUCUCUGUGUCUCUUUCUUUCUGCGCGCUCUGGGGAUGCUGGCCUCCUGGUCCUCUUCCCCUGCCCGCCUCCCCGCAGAGAGAGCCCGGCGCCUUCUUCCCAGCCCGGAGCCCCUGCCGAGGAGCUAAAGGGCCCCACGGAUGCUGCUCCGGCUCCCGCUCCGGCUCCCGCUGCCUCUUCCUCUGCCGUCUCCGCCGCCCUCUCCCCUGAGCUUCCCCAGUUUACAAAUGAACGAUCAGAUGUAUAACCUGCAGUGCUGCAGAAAACAUUUGGUUGCAUCUGUUUAUUAGAGGAAAGCAUCCAGCCUUUACAAUCUGAUGUCACCCUUCUAAGACAAGAACAUCGUCACUGGAACUCUUUGGAAAAUGUAUUGAAGGAUGCCGUACACGACAAGAAUCGCUUGAACCUCCAGGAUGCAAAUAUCUACCACAAGGCAGUGCGCAAUGGCGAGUGAAGACAGAGUAUGAUCCACUUAGAGAAACCCUCCCCGCAGUGACCGAAGAACGAGAUUUGGCUGUGAAGGAGAAACACCAGCUCCAAGCCAAACUGGAGAACCUAGAGCAAGUACUGAAGCAUAUGCGAGAGGCUGCUGAACGGCGGCAACAGCUGGAAUUGGAGCAUGAGCAAGCCUUGGCUGUUCUCAACGCAAAGCAGAAGGAAAUUGAACUCCUGCAGAAGGCUCAAGUUGAGGCUAAAAAAGAACAUGAAGGUGCAGUUCAGCUGCUAGAGACCACCUUGGACAGCAUGCAGGCCAAGGUUCGUGAGCUAGAGGAGAAAUGUCGGACACAGAGUGAACAGUUUAACCUCCUCUCUAAGGAACUAGAAAGGUUUCGCCAGCAAGCUGGGAAGAUUGAUCUCCUGAGUAGUAACUCAUUGGCAUCUCUGGAUAGCCCCGGCUCCCCUAGCAAAUCCCUAUCCCAGCUAAUGAAUGGAAUUUCCACUUCUUUAGGUAAAGGUCAUGAAAGCUCCUCUGGAGGCCACUGUGUGAUCUCAGAGUUUAUACGACCACUACAGCUAUCUGGUGAUAAACCAGAGCAAUUGUCCAUCAAGCCAACUUUUAUGUCCCGGUCACGAUCUGGAAGCCCAAGAUGCAGAUUUGAAUCCGAUAUGGAGAAUGAACAGAAUUCCAAUACCUCAAAGCAGAGAUACUCGGGAAAAGUCCAUCUUUGCAUUGCCCGAUAUAGUUAUAACCCUUUUGAUGGACCAAAUGAAAACCCCGAAGCAGAGCUCCCCCUCACUGCAGGAAAAUACCUCUACGUCUAUGGAGACAUGGAUGAAGAUGGUUUCUAUGAAGGUGAACUUCUAGAUGGACAAAGAGGUCUCGUCCCGUCCAACUUUGUGGAUUUUGUGCAGGACAAUGAAUCACGUUUUUCGAGCGGGUUGAGCAGCGAACAGGACCAGAAUUACAUCAACCACGCUGGUCACACACUAGAAGGAGAUGACCUUUUGGAAAUUAACCCUCCGAGCCACUUAGACCCUUGCGUCAUCAAAAAUGGUGCAGGGACCCUGGAUGUGAACAUUGAUGAAAUUGGGGAAGACAUUGUGCCUUAUCCUAGAAAAAUUACCCUUAUCAAACAACUAGCCAAAAGUGUAAUUGUGGGCUGGGAGCCUCCAGUUGUGCCACCCGGAUGGGGAGCCAUUCAUAGCUACAACGUCCUAGUAGAUAAAGAAAUACGGAUGAGUGUAUCCUUAGGGAGCAGAAGCAAAGCUCUCAUAGAAAAACUCAACAUUGCGACUUGCACGUACCGAAUCUCAAUUCAAAGCAUCACCAGCAGGGGCAAUUCUGAUGAGCUACAGUGCACCUUGUUAGUUGGGAAGGAUGUCAUUGUGGCUCCCUCCCACCUGACGGUCAACAACGUCACUCAGAUCUCUGCUGAACUCACCUGGCUCCCAACCAAUAGCAAUUACAGUCACGUGAUCUUCCUUAACGAAGAAGAAUUUGACAUUGUCAAGGCUGCCAGAUACAAGUACCAAUUUUUUAACCUGAAGCCCAACAUGGCCUACAAGGUGAAGGUAUUAGCCAAGCCUCACCAGAUGCCCUGGCAGCUCCCUCUGGAGCAACGGGAAAGAAAAGAAGCCUUCAUAGAAUUUUCAACAUUGCCGGCAGGUCCGCCAGCUCCCCCUCAAGACAUUAGAAUUCAGGCUGGACCAACACCAGGAACGAUCCUGGUUUCUUGGAAGCUGCCAAUGCUCACGGCAACAGGGACCUCCAAUGGAGCCAGUGUGACUGGCUAUGGCAUUUAUGCAAAAGGUCAAAGGGUGGCAGAAGUGAAUUUUCCUACCGGAGAGAAUGCGGUCGUGGAGCUCAUGAGACUCCGGAACUUGGAAGCAAAGGAAGUUCUCGUCCGGACCCUUUCCAUCCAAGGGGAAUCUCUGGACUCCUUGAGCGCUGCCAUUCCACACGACCUACUGGUGCCUCCAACCCCUCAUCCCUGGCCAGCUCCCAAAUCUAAGCCAUUAUCAAGUGCCGGCAUCCCAGAUACCAAAGACGAACAUUUGUGUCCACACGUAAGAAGGGAUGAGCCAUGGGAACAGACCCGUGUGUCCUCUCCCAUUCACGGACACACCCUGGAGCCUCCCAACUUCCACAGCCCCCUCCAAGGAAGGAGAUCCCCUUCUCCAAACCGGAUUCUCCCACAACCACAAGGCGCACCUGUCCCCAACACUGUCGCCAAGGCCAUGGCUAGGGAAGCAGCCCAGCGGGUUGCUGCAGAGAGCAACAGGCUAGAGAGGCGGAGCGUGUUUACUGAGAGGAGCAGUGCCCUGCAUUAUGCAAACUCCGACGAAGAAGAGGAUGGCUACGAGUCUCCGUGUGUCAAAAGAAAAGGGGCCUCCGUUGAUGACUUCUUGAAAGGCUCCGAGCUUGGGAAACAGCCCCACUAUUGCCAUGGGGAGGAGUACCACACUGAGAGCAGCCGGGGCUCUGACCUGUCCGACAUCAUGGAAGAAGAUGAGGAAGAGCUGUACUCAGAGAUGCAGCUGGAGGAUGGUGGGAGGAGGAGAGUCAGUAUAACAGCGCAUAACACACUCAAGGAUUAUUAUAAGAAUAAGACCUCCGAAGCCGCUUUUUUGGAACCGCCCGAUUUUGCCCAGCAGAUGCAUCACAGUAAAAAGCUUUUCAGUAUCCCCGAAGUUGCCGAAGAGGACGGCGAUUAUGCGGAACUUUUGCACAAGCAGGGUUUAGGGAAGUCCCACAAAAUGCGAAGCGGGAUAGCUAGAGAAAGCCGACCGGGCAGAGGCUACAACCAAGAGCAGCCGCACAACUUCUGGCACCCGGCAAAGCAACGGCUUUUGGAGGACUGGGAAGAGCGGGGCUACAGGUUUAGCCGGUCUUCCACCCGGAGCCCCGACAGCGGCCUGGACUGUGGCAGCGAAGAAGAGGAGUUGCGCUUUAACUUCCGCAGCGCUUACGACACGGGCUGCGCCUAUGCGCCCAGCUGUUGCGCAGACGGCGGGAACUGCUCGUGCAAGAAAGCGUCGCGGCCGUUGCUCGCGCGCCGGAGGACCCUCACGCGGCAGAGCAGCAUCGAAGAAGACUUUGGGGAUCCCAUUCCUUCCUUUCUAGAGCCCCGAAGCGAGGAGUGCAAGUCGGGUUAUUAUGAGAGGAAGCACGAACCUCUGAGGUGUAGCAGAGCCGAUACUUUGGCUCGCGAAGAUUUUCAGGGAGGCUGGAGCAGCCCCUUAAAAGAGAAUGACUAUAGGGCACCUUGCAUCCCACUCACAAGGCCAUCCAGCAGAGAGCCGAAAGACCCUCUGCUCUUAGGUAAUCUGUCAUCUUCUGGACGUCCAGACAGAAUGGAGCAGCUGGGUCGAAGGAUAUCUCAUGGUAGUGCUGGACCACAGAGAUCGCGCCCCAUGUUGGUCCCAUCUAUUGAAAUUACAAUGGACAGUAACAGUGAAGGCGCUUGGUCUCGGUCAGGUAGUGAGGGAAAUAUUUCCCCCAUAAAAGAAGAAGCUUAUUAUCGCAGCAUUGACGGACACAGGAAAUGGUGCCAGCAACGUACCAUGGCCUCUGACUAUAGAUACGAGGGAUACUGUAGCCGAGAGCGUCUCUCUCCGGAAAUGUAUGAAGAAUCGGAAACCGAUCCUGGUGCAGAAGAGGUGUCCACACGGAUCUUUGUUGCCCUUUUUGACUACGAUCCACUGACCAUGUCUCCGAAUCCUGAUGCUGCGGAAGAGGAACUCCCAUUCAAAGAAGGGCAGAUUAUCAAGGUUUACGGCGAUAAGGAUGCCGACGGGUUUUACCGAGGAGAAACCUGCACAAGACUAGGCCUUAUUCCUUGCAAUAUGGUCUCUGAAAUCCAAGCUGACGACGAAGACAUGAUGGAGCAGCUUCUGAAGCAAGGGUUUCUCCCGCUAAACACCCCGAUAGAAAAACUAGAAAGGAACAGAAGGAUCAACCACACCUCUGCGGCACCGACAAGGAGAAUGGUGGCAUUAUAUGACUACGACCCAAGGGAAAGCUCUCCCAACGUUGAUGUGGAGGCUGAGCUAACAUUUUGUACAGGAGACAUUAUUACCGUCAUUGGAGACAUUGAUGAAGAUGGUUUUUAUUACGGUGAAUUAAAUGGCCAGAAAGGUCUGGUUCCUUCAAACUUUCUUGAAGAAGUGCCUGACGACGUAGAAGUCUAUUUAUCCGAUGCCCCAGCACGAUAUACUCAAGAUACACCAAUACGUACAAAAGCUAAAAGGAAGAAGAGUGUUCAUUUCACACCUUAAAAAAGGCAAUGUAGCCUUCACACGUAAGUGAGCAACUGAAGAUACCAAUAGAGAUACCAAUUCAAACUAGCUGGCAUUGUCUAAUGCAAGCCAUCUUGGCACCGAAACGUGCAAAGAGAGAGAAAUAUGUCUCCAAAACCAUUAGCCCUGCUUGGUUGCAGACAUUCCAUGUUGGUUUUAAUUUAAUUUAAUUUUUUUAAGAAUUAAAAAAAAAAAACCGACACCUCAGCUUCUAGAUGUGAAGAUCACCGACUCUCUUCUAAUGGUUUUGAUUCCUCCUUGUAUUCAGGGCUUGUGUUUAUUUUUAUUUUUUUUAACAAACAGUUUUUGACAUUUGGAACAUAUUUCUUACCGGACUUUAAUGUUUGUUUGCAUUCCAAAAAAAAAAAAAGAAAGUGGUCCUAAUGUACAACUCCAAAGGGAAGCUGCAUAUUGCAUUGUUAGCCAAUAUGGGAGGAGAGUCCCAGCUCAAAGAGGGAGAAAAGCACAAAGCGUUCCCACCCUCGAGUAACGGAGCGUGGCAUUGUCAUCCCAUUCAGGGUGGCGGUCAAGACAAGGGGUGCGUUCAUUUCGGAAACACAUGAACCUCAACUGUUUGCCUUAAAAACGUACCGGCUGGUGGUUUGAGAAACUGCCGGCUGUAGUUCCUCCUCCUUUGUCGCCCUCAUUCCGAAAACAAGAAACUCUCCUGCAUUUGCAGAGCACUCAGUAUCGAUUUGGUUUACCAAUGCAAUGCGUUGACAUCCAAACAUGCAGCUCGAGACCCAUGAAUGAAUGCAUUAGAACUCAAUAUGGUAUCUUCAGGUGUACGUUGGGGGUGCUUUUACAAAGUGGUUCUUUUUUUUAUUUUGGUUUUGUUUUGUUUUGUUUUCUUCAUUAGGCAAAGACCUUGAUAUGAAAUCAAAGGAAGCUUGUCACCCCUUUGCUUAGUUUCACGUUCAUUGGACGUCCGGAUUGUUUCAAUUUCAGAAACAUCAGUAUUAGGGAAGUUACGAGUUGACGGAGCCUCCGGAGGCACAAUGGGUUAAACCAAAAGGUCGGCGGAUUGAAUCCCAUAUGUCAGCUCUAGCUUCCCUUUAUGGGGACUUGAGAGAAGGAUGGUAAAACAUCCAGGCAACGUCCUUGCAGACAGCCGAUUCUCUCACACCAGAAGCGACUUGUUGUUUCUCAAGUUGCUCGUGACACGGAAAAAAAACAAAAACGAGUUGAUCACUUCCACACAUCGAGCAUUUUCCACAAUGAAAUGCCGCUCGUACCAUUUAGUAGCUUCCUUUGAUUCCAAUGAAGGUUCAUUUUAGCUUUUAUUUUUCUUUCAACCAGUGUGCCAUCUUCUCAAAAUAUGUAUAUACAGUAUGCGAAAAUUUUUUGGAAAAAAAAAUUAACGGAUUUCAAUUGAAACCCUUCGAUUUGGUUAUCGUCACAAAUUGGGGAUUCCUUCUGGAACUGGCUAGUGUGUAUAGAACUUGAUAUUUGUAGUACUUUAGACCAACUUCCCACAAGCGGUAUGUCAGUACUAGAGUACUGAAAAGUGGAAAAUUGAUUUGAGCAAAAUUCUCCGUUUUUAAGAUGAUAUAUUAUUAAUAAUAAAAGAACACAACACCUCGACUUGUCAGCUGUAUAUGCUGUUUUAACUAAUUUUGGUAAACUAAACUCCUCUGUUAUGUGGCAUACUUUGCCCGCCCCACCCAAAGGAGUUUGUAGUGAAGCAAAGAAAAAAAAUGUUACCAACUUUCUUGUUGUCGAUGGCUUCCAAACAUUCAGUAAAUUGUAACAAUAUACCUACUAGGUUCCUCCUGAGAAUACAGGUACAUCACCAAGGCGAGCACCAUCUCCCACAGUCCAUCUCCAUUCGGGGUCACCUACGUCAUCUGUGGGUUCUGGUAGUCCCGGGAGAGGCAGGGAGUUGUCCUCGAAAAAGAAAAAGGGGC